AUGAACCUUUCCGUUGCCCUUGCCGCUCCGAAAGCCGCUGCGCGCGCGGCCCGUCGCCCGUCCAGUCAGCGCCUGUGCUUCUCGACCGGCAAAGACAUUCGCUUUGGCGUCGAAGGCCGCGCUGCAAUGCUCCAGGGCGCCGACCAGCUGGCGAACGCCGUGCAGGUGACGCUGGGCCCCAAGGGCCGCAACGUGGUGAUUGAGCAGUCGUACGGCGCGCCCAAGAUCACGAAAGACGGCGUGACGGUCGCGCGCAGCGUCGAGUUGGCCGACAAGUUUGAGAACAUGGGCGCGCAGCUCGUGCGGUCGGUGGCCAGCAGCACGAACGACGCGGCGGGCGACGGCACGACGUCGGCCACUGUGCUCACGCGCGCGAUCUUUAGCGAGGGCUGCAAGAGCGUGGCGGCCGGCAUGAACCCGACCGACUUGCGGCGCGGGAUUCAGCUGGCGGUCGACCACGUGGUGCACGGCCUGCAGCAGCUGUCGAUGGACGUGCAGGACAAGGAAAAGGUGGCGCAAGUGGCGACGAUUUCGGCCAACUCGGAGACUGAGAUUGGCGCUCUGAUUAGCGACGCGAUGGAGCGCGUGGGCAAAGAGGGCGUGAUCACGGUCCAGGACGGCAAGACGCUGCUGAACGAGCUCGAGGUGGUCGAGGGCAUGAAGUUUGACCGCGGGUUCAUUUCGCCCUACUUUGUCACGGACAACAAGACACAGGCGUGCGAGAUGGAGAAUCCGUUUAUUCUCUUGGUGGAAAAGAAGGUCUCGAGCCUCCAGGCCAUCAUCCCCAUGCUCGAGACGGUCGUGAAGCAGCAGCGGCCGCUCUUGAUCAUUGCGGAAGACGUCGAGAGCGAAGCGCUGGCGGCGCUCGUGAUCAACAAGAUCCGCGGCGGUGUCAAGGUGUGCGCGGUCAAGGCGCCCGGCUUUGGCGACAACCGCAAGGCCAGUCUCCAGGACAUGGCCGUGCUCACGGGCGCGACGGUCAUCUCGGAGGACUUGGGCCACCGCCUCGAGACGGCGACGCCCGAGAUGCUGGGCAGCGCCAAGAAGGUGACGGUCACCAAGGACGACACGCUCAUGCUGGACGGCGCCGGGUCGACAGAGGCCGUGGAAGAGCGCAGCAAUCUGCUGCGCGCGUCGAUCGAAAGCACGACGUCCGAGUACGAGAAGGAGAAGCUGCAGGAGCGCCUGGCCAAGCUGAGCGGCGGCGUUGCAGUGAUCAAAGUGGGCGGCGCGAGCGAAGUCGAGGUCAGCGAGAAGAAGGACCGCGUUGUCGACGCGCUCAACGCGACGCGUGCGGCCGUGGCCGAAGGCAUUGUGCCGGGCGGCGGCGCCGCGCUCUUGUGGGCGUCGCGCUCGCUCUCGACGCUGUACGACUCGUGCGCCAACUUGGACCAGAAGGUGGGCGUGGAGAUUGUCGAGCGCGCGUGCCGUGCGCCCGCGACGCAGAUUGCCAAGAACGCUGGCCACGAGGGCGCGGUCGUCGUGGGCAAGAUGCUGGAGAGCGACUCGCCCGAGCUCGGGUUCAACGCGCAGACGGGCGAGUACGUCAACUUGGUGGACGCUGGCAUCAUUGACCCGACCAAGGUGGUGCGCACGGGCCUCGUGGACGCGUCGAGCGUGGCGUCGCUCAUGAUGACGGCCGAGGCGCUGAUUGCGGACCUCCCGGAGGAGAAGGGCGGGGCCCCGCCGAUGGGCGGCAUGGGCGGCAUGGGUGGCAUGGGCGGCAUGGGCGGCAUGAUGUAA